AUGGGCCUUCUUACGACAGUCGCGGUGCCCUUGGACCGUCUGGUCCAGACCCUCCCCGUUUAUCAGCUCGUUCUGCUUGGUUUCGCGGCGCUCGUGGGACUUUCGGUGAUUCUGCAUGUGGGAAGGCAGUUACUCUUCAAGAACAAGAAUGAGCCGCCGGAGGUGUUUUCGUGGUUUCCGCUCAUUGGCAGCACCAUCUGGUAUGGCAUGGACCCGUACGACUUCUUCUUUACGUGCAAACAGAAGUACGGCGACGUCUUCACUUUCAUCCUCCUUGGGCGGAAGGUCACGGUCUGCUUGGGCACAAAAGGGAACGAAUUCAUCUUGAAUGGAAAGCUGAAGGAUGUCAAUGCGGAGGAAGUCUACACUGGGUUGACCACACCUGUAUUUGGCGAAGGCGUGGUGUACGAUUGUGACAACUCGAAAUUGAUGGAGCAGAAGAAGUUUGUCAAAUUCGGCCUGACGAUGGAUGCGUUCAAAACAUACGUGGAUCUGAUCUCGUACGAGACGAAACAGUUUAUUCAAAAUUCGGCCGCUUUCCGCGGUCAGUCGGGCACUGUGGACAUUGUGCCAGCCAUGGCCGAGUUGACCAUCUACACGGCAUCGCGGUCUUUGCAAGGAAAGGAAGUGCGGGAGAAGUUUGACUCGACUUUUGCCGACUUGUAUCACGAUCUGGACAUGGGCUUUGCGCCGAUUAAUUUCAUGCUUCCGUGGGCUCCAUUGCCGCACAACCGCAAGCGUGAUCGCGCGCAGAAGAAGAUGACCGAAACGUAUAUGGAGAUCAUCAAGCAACGACGGGCUGCCGGCGGCAAGCGAGAGGAAGGUGAAGAGGACAUGAUCUGGAACCUGAUGGGCUGUGUGUACAAGGACGGCACACCGGUGUCGGACAAGGAAGUGGCCCACAUGAUGAUUGCCUUGCUCAUGGCGGGCCAGCACUCAUCGUCGUCGACCUCGAGCUGGAUCCUGUUGAGGCUAGCGACGCGGCCGGACAUUCAAGAGGAGUUGCUGGAGGAACAGAAGAAGGUGUUGGGAGAAGACCUGCCUCCGUUGACGUACGAGUCGUUGCAAAAGUUGACGCUGCACAGCAAAGUGGUCAAGGAGACCCUGCGGCUGCACUCGCCUAUUCACAGCAUUAUGCGCAAGGUGAAAUCGCCGUUGACCAUUGUGGCCGAGACGUCGACCUCGACCAAAACGUAUCAGGUCCCCACGAGUCACACGCUGAUGGCGGCUCCCGGAGUCACCUCUCGCGAACAGCAGUACUUCCCGGAACCGAUGCUGUGGGAGCCGCAUCGAUGGGACGAGGGCCACGAGUUGUCUUACAACCGCUCAGACCUGGACAAGGAGGAGUUUGAGGAUUAUGGGUUUGGCAUGAUCAGCAAAGGUGCGUCGUCGCCUUAUUUGCCUUUUGGGGCGGGACGACAUCGCUGCAUUGGAGAACAGUUUGCCUAUGUCCAGCUGGGCACGGUGUUGGCCACCAUGGUCAGAUACGUCAAGUUCCGCAAUCUGCCCGGCAAAGAUCUCGUCCCGACGGACUAUUCCAGUUUGUUCUCGAGACCGAUUGCGCCUGCGGUGGUGGAGUUUGAGAAGAGGUCGGAAAAGGCUUAG